UGUCCCUGCCCGAUGGGCUUCAUGGUCCCUUCCAGUCCAAACCAUUCUCUGAGCUGUAAGUCAGAAUGAAACAGUCUGAGAGUGCUGAUGUUCACGCACUGAUUUAAUUUGCUUUAAUUUAUAUAAACUUGCAAAAUCCUUUGAAAACGGGAUUAUGUGAUGCUACAUCUUGCUCUUAACCUGCUGCUUCCCUAAUGGAGACACUGGUGCAUGGUUGCUUAGCCCUGCUUUUUUAAGACUUUGAUGACAUCAAGCAAAAUCUUCUCCCCGCCCCUGAAGAAACAGGAAGAGUGCAGCCACAAAAAGCACAGUGUCUGCCCACAGUGUCAGUGGGAAGAGUGCUUUUGCAGGGAAGUCCUGAUACAAGCCCACCCUUGUGUGCUUUUGGGUUGUAUAGCUCAAGACAUGGCUGAGCAGACAAGUGAAGUUGGUCGCCUCAAGGUUCGAGCUUCCUUGCUGGUGGUGAUGUGCCUAUGGCAGUGGACGCAGCAGACUCUGGCAACAGCAUGCAGUGAUGGUGAACUGAGAGUCGUCAGUAAGGAUGAAAAGAAAUGCUGCCCCAAAUGCAUCUCAAACACAGGAGACAACAGCACAUGCCAAAACACCCAGGACCAUGACUGCAGAUGUCGUCAGGGAUACAGCUGUGUUGACAGUGCAUGUCUCUACUGCCAGAAACUGCCUGAGUGUGCAGAGGGCGAGGAGCUGGUGAAGCUUGGCAAUUUAGACUUCACAUUCAAAUGUAAGCCAUGUGAGAUGGGAACCUAUUCUAAUGUGAAGAAUGGCUGGUGCCGUAACUGGACUGACUGUGAAAGCACUGGGUUUCUAACAAUCAAGCAAGGCAACAGUACACAUAAUGCAAUAUGUGGUUUGCUUACUAAGGAAUUGGAGCAAGCUCCUGUUACAAUUGACUCUCUCUAUACCACCAUCCUGGCCAUCCUGACUGCAGUGGCUGUGUUUGUUCUCAUCUUGCUGACCUUCAUCUUGCAUUUCUGCAUAUGGUCACUGAAGAAAGAAAAAUACCAUGCAGCUGAUGAUCUGGAACACAUCUACCCUAACCAGCCGGUGGCUCCACAGAUGUCACACCACAGAGAAGAGACUUACAGCUGCCAGCUUCCAGAAGAAGAACAUGGAGACAAAACACCAGAAGAAAAGCAUUGCUAUUUCCACCCUCAGAGCCUACAGUGAAACAGAUGAAUCGCAGUGUGCUGUGAGAAGGGGGAGCUGAGCUCAGCUUUUCCAAAAAGACGGGAGGGGCUGGGUACAUAAAGCAUCAUUAUAUACCUAGCAAUAAGGAAUGGGCUUGGGGGAGUUUUGCUGUGUUUCUUCUCAACAAACCUGAUGUUUAGAAGCGGAAAUACUACUCAGGCUGACAUUCAGUUCAGCAGCAUUCCAUUAGUGCCAGUUACCUGGGUUGUUGGGUUUUUCAUUGAUGCUCUUUUCAGCUUCCUUGCAGACCAGGCUCCCUUCUUGUUGUUACUCCCUUUUGCAUCUCCUGCACAUGUCUCUGUGGUGCUCCCACAGACUGCUACACGUGUAGAAGGCUGGUGUCCCACCAUCAGUCCCUUCAGUGCUAUGGGAAGUACAGUGGGACCUACAGCUUUCACAGGCUAUCUGUAUUUCCAGGAUGUGUCCUGAUGCUCAUACUAAGGGAAUAAGGGGUUGUUCCCAGCAAGCAUAUCUACUACUUUUCUCUAAGCAGGCAGUGCUUUUCAUUCCUGCCAAAUUGCCCUCUUUGUCAUAGGGGAAAGAGCCAUUAGUCUUAAUCCAUUCAGUCCUUUCCCAUCACAACAGAAGGUGUUGAUUAAGCCAGGCUCAGUGCAGAGUGAGACUGCUGUGGCCACAUCAUUUGUGCUUGCAGGGAUUUUUCUGUGCAAGUUCUGUGAUCCCCUCAUCCUCUCCAGGGAAAGGAGGGGAGAAAGGAGUGACAUUUAUCCUCCUUCUCUUCUCUAACUCAGCAAUCCUUGGUACCUGGGAUACUGAAUUACGAAAGGGAGACUCAAAUGAGGAUCACGCUGUCUAGAGAAUGACAUUUGGUUUAAUGCUCUCUUCUCACCUAGUUUAUAGACUAGGAAAAGACAGUGGGAAACAGAGAAUAGCCCAACAUUUGUUCCUGAUGCUUUUUUACCUCAUCCCAGAAGAAAAAGAACUGGAAUGUCUGCUGGUGUACACCUGCAUAGCUCCAGUGGCUUGAUCAUCAGCUGGAAGGUGUUCCCCUUACAGAAAAUUGGAGGGUUUUUUAAUGUCACAUUAGUGCUCCUCCAGCUUCAUAGAGCUCUAACAUAGCUGGAAUGAAUUGUGUUGCCUGAAUUUAAAGGGGCAGGCUUUCAGCUGGGCUUGCUUGCUUGCAGUGAAUUGAUACUGAUUUCAAAUAAGAAUCUAGCCUGUGGCUUCAACUGGUUAAAACUUAACUAGUUAAAACUCACUAUUACUGCAGCCACAUGUGUUUUGUGGCUGCAAUAAUAGAUUCAAAGCUCUGGAUGCUGCCUUGGUUUGGCUUUCUGGUGAAAGCUGCUUGGAGUCAACCCUUAUGACCAAAUCAGCUCCAGGCAAAAGUGAGGUUUGAGUUGCCGUUCACAUGAAAGGUUAUAAAUCUCUCACAGUACAGCCAUUGCAUCAGCUUCCUCACAGUGUCUUACAGAUAACAGAAAUAGUACAGGGCUUCAAAAUGAAAUCCUGACAGAAUAAUGACAUUUCUGUUAAUCACCUUACUAAAUACUUAGAGGGGAUUAUUCCAAGUCUAAUAUGCUGGUUUCAGUAGGGCUCUGUGAAAUUACAGCAGCUGUGGAGCAGGAGUUAUUGCCUCCACAGCUGUGUGAUGCAAAAGCACUUGAAGAGACAAUCCUAAGAAGUGGGACAGUGGGACCUGGGUAAGCUAGUCACCAGCUUCUGUGCUCCAAGCCAGGCUUAGUGAGACUGGAUAAUGAUCUACCUGGUGGACUUUAACUGAGGUGGCUCCAUGACCUCUCCAGGCAAUCCAGUCCAGUAACUGAUUUCAAGUCACAGAAGGAGAGAGGUUCUGUUAGUUAAAAUGUGUAUUAGCCAUUAUGGUGAAGAAUUGACUCUUCAGCACCUUUUUAAGCAUUUAUAAUCAUCUCUUCUUGGUUUCUUUAGACUCUCAUCCUACUUUACAGUAGGAAACCACCUGCUUGUGGUUUCUAGACCUCUUAGUCUCUCUCUGAGCUCUUUCUGCUUGGUCUUUCUUGAAGCCUUCUCUGGAGGAAGUCUUGGCAAGCUUGAAUAGAGCUGGAGGAUUAAUUGUAUGAUUCAUGGACAUGGCUUUAUUGCUGAAUAUUUCUUCAAGAGGAGUUAUCCUGUCUUUGCUUUUUUUCUUUUGUGCAUCAUAGAAUCUUGCAAGUGGGUGAAAUAACUGUAAGGGAAAAUGAAGUGCAAAGGGUUGUCCUUGUUCACUAGAACGUAUUCCUCUGUAGUUCUAGCUUUAAUCUUCCAGCUUCUCUGUGACUGUGUUUUCUGCAUCUGGCAUCUCUAUACCUUCACUUCCCCUUCAUGUAGAGUGGGAGCAGAGAUAGUGUGAGACAUAAUUAGUACUUUCAAUGUAUUUUUGCCUUCUUUGAUCCUCUCAAUGUUCAUUCUUGUGUUACUGAUAAUUUUUCCCAUAGGUAUCUCUGUGAAAUGUGCUUAAAAGGAGUGAGUUUUCCUCUGUUGCUUCAGGAAAUGUGCAGAUUCUUAAUUGAGGUGAACUGGAGAUUCAGCCAAGGAAAGGUGAAAGCAUUGGAUUGGAUUAAUAGGAUAACUUCUUUAAAGUGUGAGACUCUCUCUGCCUUGUAAGCAGUUUGCUGUGGGAUUUAAUAUACUCAGAAGUCUAAACACUGGCCAGGGAAGACACUUCUUACUGCCUCUAUGCUGGCCAUAUAUAUUCUUGGCUCUGUAUUGGCUCUUCUUGGGGUUUUUUUUAAUGUUUUCAGCAAGAUUUCUCAUUGUGACCUUUUGUGAAGGUAAAAUAAACUUGGAAAAUG